AUGUCCGCCAAACUUCUCUCACCAAAUGCAUUGGCCCGCAGCCAUGCACCAAUACUCGACUUCCUCGCGCCUCGAACCCUCACAUCAUGCACAUCAUCGAUAUCACGCCAGCGGCGGCGACACCAAAGCACCACACCAUCACCGCCCACACCAGACUCCGCAGCAGCCUCAGGCCUCAACCCCCCAACAAACGCCGCAACACCUAUCCACCAACUUUCCGAACAACAGCGCGCCUUCCUCUCCUCGGCGCUCCGCGUGAACCAAACCGGCGAGCUGGCCGCAAUCCUAAUCUACUCUGCACAGUCCCCGAUCCUAACACGCUCACACCCGCACCUCCGCCCGCUGAUGAAGCACAUGUACGACCAAGAAGCCGGGCACUACAAGUUCUUCAACGAAGUCAUUUCCAAGCACAGGAUUAGACCAACGGCUAUGACACCGCUCUGGACCGCCGCCGCAAGCUUUCUAGGCUGGAGCACAGCGGUACUCGGGAGAGAGGCGGCGAUGGCGUGCACGGAAGCCGUGGAGACGGAGAUCGGUACGCACUACAACGAGCAAGUCCGGGUUUUGCUUGAUUGGGCGCAGAAGUGUGGGGAGCGGGGGGAGAGUCUGGGGCCGGAGUUGGAGGCACUGGUGGGGCAGUUGAGGACGAUUAGGGAUGAGGAGUUGGAGCAUUUGGAUCAUGCGGUCGAGAAUGAUGCCAAGGAGGCGCGGCCGUAUGAGCUGCUUACGGAGGGGAUAAGAGCAGGGUGUCGCGGGGCGAUUUGGGUUUCUGAGCGGGUAUAG